CCUCAACCCUCUCCAUGGCGUCAACUCACGCUGUAUGACCGAUUCUUUCCGUUUUGCACAUCCGUCAACUGUCGCUACACGGCCGUCUUGAUGGAUCCCUCCACGAACCCCGGUCACAAGCGCAAAGUCGCCGACAUGAGCUCCGACUCCGAAGAAGACGCCCGCCCGACCAUGGGCUUUCGCGGGUUCGCCCGUGCAUCCUCUCGCUCCGAGUCCCCUCCCGCGUCGAUGGGCGGUCUGGGGAGUGGUCGUCGCAAUCCGUGGAAGAACAAUGGGAGCAACAUGCCAUCCGGGAGGAGCACCCCGAGCGGCGGCGGAGGCGGAGGCGCCAAUUCCUUCGCCGCGCGCAUGAUGGCCAAAAUGGGAUAUGUUGAGGGACAAGGUCUCGGAUCCAGCGGUCAGGGUAUCGUCAACCCCAUCGAGGCUCAGGCCCGUCCGUCGGGUGCCGGUCUGGGUGUGGUCCGCGAGAAGACCAAGCAGGCGCGCGAGGAAGAGAAACGGGCUGCUGCUCAGCGCGGGGAGAAACUGGAGGACAGCUCUGACGAGGAACGCAAGAAGCGGCAGAGGAAGAAGGCGGAGCGCAAGAAGGAGGCUCGCAGUGGCUCGGGGACGCCGGUCGCGCGGCCGAAACCCCAGUUCCGCACAGCCCGCGAGAUGGAAGCGGACAUGGAAGGCCUGGAGGUGCCCAAUGUGCUCAAGUCGUUGGUCGAUGCUACCGGGAAAGAGCAGCGGGUGCUCACGUCGACUGCUGGUUUAAUGGCGUCCCAGGAGUUCGUCAAUCAGGGCGAAGGGGAGGCGCUGAAGAUCGCCCGUCGGGCGCGCAACGACCUGGAAGCCUUCGCCGACGAAUGGAAGGGCUUGACGGAGAGAAAGCGGUUCAUCGAGCUAGAGGAGGCCCAGAUCGUGGAGCAGAUGGACACGCAGCAACUCCGUUCUGAUCAGCUGACGGAGUUGGUGACGGCCAUCGGCCAGCUGGAGCUCGUCCAAAGUGACGACACGCGGGUCCAGUUCGACCAGGUCACCGACAAGCUCGAGGCUCUACAGACCAGGUACCAAGCCGAGAUUGACGAAUACCGGCUGCCCGAGGUUGCGGUGGCCGCGCUGCACCCGCUCUUCCGUCGGGCGAUGGAGGACUGGGAGCCGCUCCAAGACCCGACCUUCCUAGUAUCCAAUCUCCACCGUCUCCGGCCCCUCCUAACGCGGAAAAAGAACAGCGAGCCAACCCAACGACAGUCGACCACCCCCUACGAGACCAUGAUCUACACCCUCUGGCUUCCUCGCGUGCGCUCGGCGCUUCUCAACGAGUGGGACGUGUUCGACUCGUCACCCGCCACCUCCCUCCUCGUCGCCUGGAAAGACCUGCUCCCGCCAUUCGUCUACGCCAACGUGCUUGACCAGCUAGUCGUGCCCAAGCUCGCCGGCGGCUUAAAGGCAUGGAAGCCCCGCGCCAGCAGCCGACGACACGGAUCCUCACCAGCCAACAGUGCCCGAUUCCCCUGGUGGCUCUUCACCUGGCUGCAAUACCUGGACGACCGACACACGAACCCGAAGCAAGCGACAGGGCUCCUAUCCGACGCCAAGCGCAAGUUCCGCGUCGUCCUAGACACCUGGGACCUAGGCCGGGGACUCAUCAGCGGCAUCGAGCUAUGGCGCGACGCGCUAGGCUCCGAGUUCGACGUCUGCCUCCGCAACCACCUGCUACCGCGGCUGGCCCGCCACCUCCGCGAGGACUUCGACGUCAACCCACAAGACCAGGACCUCACGGCCCUCGAGAACGUCCUCAAGUGGCAGCCCUUCUUCAAGCCCAACGUCCUCGGCCUCCUCCUCGUCGCCGAGUUCUUCCCCAAAUGGCACCACAUCCUCUACAUCUGGCUCACCAACGACCCCAACUACGACGAAGUCGCCGAGUGGUUCUCCUGGUGGCGCGGCCAAAUCCCAGCCCCCCUCAACGAGCUCACCAUCGUCGACGACGAAUGGAACAAAGGUCUCCGCUCAAUGGACCUCGCCUCCCGACUUGGCGACCGCGCCGCUACCGAACUUCCUCCCCCCACAGCCCCCGAAACAACCACCACCACCCCUCAGACCUCCCCAAACAAGACCACCAGCCAUCACAGCCACCACCACCAGAACACAAACCCCGAGCCAUGGAAGAAAUCUCCUUCAAAGACAUCCUGGAAUCAUGGUGCCAAGAACAAGGCCUCAUCAUGCUCCCCCUCCGCGAAGCGCACCCACAAAACGGCCAGCCCCUCUUCCGCAUCACCGCCAGCGCAACCGGCAAAGGCGGCGUGGUGGCCUACCUGCAAGGCGACGUCGUCUGGGUGCAGAACAAGCGGGCCAAGGAGGUCUGGGAACCGAUGGGGUUGGAGGAGAGGUUGGUCGAGAAGGCUGAGGGAAAGUAAUUCCUUCUCUUCUCAUCUCUUCUUUUCGAAUUUUCUGGUCUAGUUGUUUACUUGUUUUGGUGCUUUUGAUGACGGUUACGAUAUCCUUUUCUUUUCUAUCUUAUUUUGGAAUCUUGUAUAUUUAUGUUUUACCUGCUUAUGUCGGUAACUAGUGUUCGGGAUGGUGAUAGAAUCCAGCGCCUGUCUUGUAGUACCUAUCUAGCCGAUUUGAGUUAUCAGGCCUAUACAUUGUCCAUCUUCCUUCUCUCUACUCGUCUACUAAUGAACCUCAAUAUAGCUAGUAUUGACAGGAUAAUUCAUACGUAUAUAAAGC